UUUUAAAGUAUUUUCUGCUACACUCUGGUGAGUAUAAAUAUGCCUCAAAUUUUAGAGAUAAUUGUAAAAUAUGUCUCUGAACAUAAACUGAAAUUUGCUUUGUGUGUAGUAAAUCAUUUGGGUUCCUUAAUCAAAGAAAUACUCUUUUUUUUUAAACUGUUGUCAUGAAUGUAGUUUUAAUAUAUUUUCAUCAAUAGUUAGGGAUCGAUUGACUAAAUUAGUUUAAUUUUCUCUAUUGUAUGUGUUGCCUUUUUUUUUUUUAAGACUUCAGGAAUAGUGGUUUGCUUCACUGUUUGUGGACACCCUGGGAAAAUACAUCUAUUUAUAGUUUUAAUGCCUUCCUUUGGCCAAAGGAGCACAGAAUUAGAUUUUAAGAAAUCAUAAUUUACAUUAUGAUUUAUAGUAUGAUUGUUUGCUGGAGUACAGUUUAUAGAGUGUGGAUUCCAGACAUUGAAAUUGACAUAGUUUCAUUUUUGAAAGGAUGAUUUUUUUCCUUAAAGUUGUAUUUUAAACUACACUGUAGGUACUUUCUGUAUUUAUGUAUUUUUCUCCUUCUGGUCAUCUGCAUAUUCCAGGAGGAGGACAUUCUGAUCUUGUAAAUAGCAUAUACUUAGUUUAUUUUUAAAAAAAUUAAUAUUUUGAAACUACCUGAAAAUAUAUAUAUAUUCGAAUGUUAGGUCAUGGAGACCUAAAACUAAAUAGAAAGUUUGGCUAAUUUCAAUUCAGCAAACAUUAGGUAUCUGUAUGUAGAAAGUAUCGUGUUAGGUGACACAAAACAUACAAAGAUGGCAAAACUUGAUGCCUAUCUUCAUGGGGGCUUGUAAUCUGUUAGCUGACCGAGACAAAUGCAUAAAUAACUCAAAUGCAAGGCAGGCUAUGAUAAGUACUAUAGUAUAGGCAUCAACAAAGUGAAGUGGGGAGUCAGGAUAGAGAGAUUAAUCUUGACUGGGGAGGAUCUAGGACGUUCUCAUGGAGUAGGUAGGAUUUGAGUGGAGCUUAAUUUAUUGCUUUCAUUCAUUCUAGACUGUCUUCUGAAGAUUGAUGUCUAUUUCCUUGAGCUCUUUAAUUUGUUGCCAAUUUGGAUAAGCAUGGCACAAAUCCAGCAGGGAGGUCCAGAUGAAAAAGAAAAAUCUACAGCACUGAAAGAGAGAAGCUAGAGACUAAAGACUGUAGAUACACGAAAUACUUUCUUCUCUAGUAUAUUUUGGUGUGCCAUACAGAUGAAUUUGUUGCAACUCUAUUUAUUAUCUAGGAUAGAUUUGGAUGAACUUAUGAAAAAAGAUGAACCACCUCUUGAUUUUCCUGAUACCCUGGAAGGAUUUGAAUAUGCUUUUAAUGAAAAGGGGCAGUUAAGACACACAAAAACUGGGGAGCCAUUUGUUUUUAACUACCGGGAAGACUUGCACAGGUGGAACCAGAAAAGAUAUGAGGCUCUAGGAGAGAUCAUCACAAAGUAUGUAUAUGAGCUCCUAGAAAAGGACUGCAAUUUAAAAAAAAUCUCUAUUCCAGUAGAUGCUACUGAGAGUGAACCAAAGAGUUUUAUCUUUAUGAGUGAGGAUGCUUUGACAAAUCCACAGAAACUGAUGGUUUUAAUUCAUGGUAGUGGUGUUGUCAGGGCAGGUCAGUGGGCUAGAAGGCUUAUUAUAAAUGAAGAUCUGGACAGUGGCACACAGAUCCCUUUUAUUAAGAGAGCUAUGGAGGAAGGAUAUGGAGUAAUAGUACUGAAUCCCAAUGAAAACUAUAUUGAAGUAGAAAAGCCUACGAUACAUGUACAGUCAUCUUCUGAUAGUUCAGAUGAACCAGCAGAAAAACGGGAAAGAAAAGAUAAAGUCCCUAAAGAAACAAAGAAGCGACGUGAUUUCUAUGAGAAGUACCGUAACCCCCAAAGAGAAAAAGAAACGAUGCAGUUGUAUAUCAGAGAAAAUGGUUCUCCUGAAGAACAUGCAGUCUAUGUGUGGGACCAUUUCAUAGCCCAGUCUGCAGCUGAGAAUGUAUUUUUUGUUGCUCACAGUUAUGGAGGACUUGCUUUUGUUGAACUGAUGAUUCAGCGAGAAGCAGAUGUGAAAAGUAAGGUAACUGCUGUGGCGUUGACAGAUUCUGUUCACAAUGUGUGGCAUCAAGAAGCUGGCAAAACGAUUCGAGAAUGGAUGAGAGAGAACUGUUGUAAUUGGGUCUCCAGCUCAGAACCAUUAGACACAUCGGUGGAGUCCAUGCUGCCCGACUGUCCCCGAGUGUCAGCAGGCACCGAUCGACACGAGCUAACUUCCUGGAAGAGCUUCCCGUCUAUUUUCAAAUUCUUCACCGAAGCCUCUGAGGCGAAGACCAGUUCCCUCAAGCCGGCUCUGACGCGACGCUCCCACAGAAUAAAGCACGAAGAGUUGUAAGAGGAGAGCGAGCGAGGCGGGGGAGGGGAAGAGAAGGAAACACACUCGAGCAUGCAUUCACACGUCUCCCAACUGCUUGUUGUCGGCGAGCAGUCUCUCAGCCCCUCAUUAGAUUGUUUUCUUCCUAGAGCACAGGGUCGUGAUAUAUACAUCUAAAUAGCGUUUUGCAUUAUUUCUAGAUGAGUGCAACUGUCAAAGCAAUAUGGGUUCACUGGUCAUGCUUCCUGCGGGCUGAGCUCCGGCUUCGCGCUGCCCGUCAGCGCGCAGAUUAAGGCUGACAGCGCACUGCCCCGCGCGGCCGGCGCGGCUCUAAUUGCACUUGAUGGAGCCAGCGCCCGAGCUGCGGGGAGAGCGGCGUCUGCGCGGUCCUACCGCCCACUGCAGCGCAGCCACUGCUCCUCCCACCCCCUCCCGCCGCCCCAUUAAUCAUGUUCUUUUUUUUUUUCUUUCUUUCUUUUUCCUCUGAACAAGAGCAAACUUUUAUUCUAAACUUCAGACUUCCAUUUUAAAUAGAUUUUCCCCCCUAAGGGCAUGUUAUACCUCUUUUUUUAAGUUUUCCCCCACCCCAGAAAAGCCAGAUUUAAAUUGAGAACACAAAUGUCAUUAUAUACUGUGCAGUUUAGGGAGUGCAAGUUGUUCUCUCCCUAACGAUCUAUUUUCAUUUCGAGACCAGAAGAAAAACUGCAUAAAAAUUUAUAAAGUAUCGAAUCCACAUAACCGCUAAAAACGUUGCCAGUUGAAUAUGAGAUUUUACAAAAGUCUCUAAUUACAGAAGAGACUGUGUAAACCAAAACAUAAUGAUGAGCAGAUCUUUUAAGUAUAUGUGUGAAAAGUCCCAUUUUCAAUGGAAUUCCAACUUUAUCAUUAGAGUUGACUUGACUUUUUCAAUAUAUAAUGUGUAUUGGGUGGAAUUGUAAUUUAGAUAACACACUUCAGUUUUGCUUUUUAAAUCUUAAUGUGGUAUAAGUUUGUUGUUGCUGCUGCUGUUAUUGUGAAUCCUAACGAGAAUGACCUGCUCUGAGCUUUCAUGGAGUUAGGCCUUUUAAGGAUAGAAUUUUUUUAUUGUCAUCAGAAAAAUGAACCUGUGGACUCAGAAGCCUUUGCUUUUUGAAAGGCUAAAUGGGGCUAAAAUAAUUAUUUUAGUUUUCUUCAACGGAAAGAGAGAGACCUGGUGUGAAAGAUUUUCUCCUCUCAGUCCAGUGGCAUAAGUUUUAGCAUUCCACUUGCUCUAUAGGGUUUUGCCCUGCAGUUUCAACAAUUAAGUAUUUUAAUCAAGCUAAGUUCUGGCCAUCACUGUGAAAAACAAGAGGUAAAAUAAGUGAAGAUUUUGCUGACUUUUGAAUCCAAAUAUUAAAUUUUAACAUUGUCAAUUUUUAAUUACUUGAAGAAUUUAAUUACCUAGUGAAGAUUCUGUUUCUGAUAGAUGAGGACCUGAAUUUAAUAUUUUUCAUCCUUUUUAAAAGUAUAUGCAACAAUUAAUAUGCCUGCCUUAUUUGAGUACAUAAUAAAAUGUACCCAAAAUGACUUACAACUAUCUAGAAAAUAACUUAAAAUCAACCGCCUCGUGGAUAAAUAUUUUUGUAUUAUAAAGCGAUUUCAGCAAGUUUUAAAACUGAUAAUAUCUCAUGCUGUGUUUGGCAUACAACUACAUUAAUUAGGUCUUAUAGUUUUAAUGAUGGCAAAUUAAAGUGAUCUUUUUUCAGUGGUCAUGUCUGCAUAUCUUUUGAUGUUAUUUAAGCAGAAACAACAUAGGAGGAAAAAUCAAAAUGGCAUUUUAUCCAGCUCCUAGAUGAUUUAAAAAGGUAUACCACCAUCAGUGUCCAGCACAUUGGUCUGUGAUAUUGACCCUUUUUGUCCGACCUUUCCUGUUUUAGAAGUCAUAGCGAACUCUGUAAAAUAAUGGUAUCUUCCAGUGAGAGGCUUUGAGAAUUGACGUGUGUUGAAUAUAUUUUCAAAGUAUUAUAAAUUGUCUGGGAACAUGUUCACAGGAAACUAAUUUUACAGCAUUUCUUUUUAAAACGGCACUUGUGCUAUGCUAAAUUUGUGAAGCUUCUGCAGCUGAGUUAGAGAAAACUAAAUGUGCUCAGUUUAUAAACCAAAUCCUUCUAUUCCUUCUCUUCAAUUUUCUCACCUCUCUUUUAAAAAACCUGUACUUCUAACUAGAGUAAAUCACUGUUUAAUUACCUUUAAUACUUUAAAAACUACUGGGUUGUUAAGACUUGUUUAACUAUCUAUACAGAGCUAUUUGCAAACUUAAGUUGUGUAAAUGUAAUUUCUACUUGUGGAUCUGAGCUGUGGCAACCAGGAGAGAGCUAAGCAAACCAUCCCAGACCACCAACUGAUCAAACCCCUUGUAAUGUAGGAUUUUUUAACCUGUUGAUUAUGGAUCUGUUGAUAUAAAUGUAAUAAUGUAGUUCACCUCAAUUUUCCUGGAGUAACAACUAGCAGUCGGUAGUAGCCCGCUUGCUUACCGGUGGCCAGAUGUUAACAGUAUUUCUGCUCUUAUCUUCUCCUCCCGUUUUGGUUUCUUUAGACAGGCUUUUGGGAGAAUAGAGAAUUAAAGUUAGGAUGUGGGCUUUUGCUUUAAUUAUAUAUUUAGUUCUUAGAGCAAGUGGAAUGAGAAGGAAGGAGUUUGACUGGUAACUCUUAGAUUCAAAACAGUCUUAUCAAAACUUAAAAACCAGAUACUGUUUGGAGCUUUCUAAAGGUACUUCACCAUGGGAUUUGGUCACUCUUUAAAAGUUUUCAUGGAUAUUUGAAGGGAGAAAAAAACCUACUAGUAGUAAUUGUUCUGCCUUGUGCUUUGACCUGUAUUACGUUAUUGUUUAUGCAAAAAAAAAAAAAAAAGUAAAA